ACGAUCAUAGCUGCCAACAACUACGCGAAUACCCUGAUCCAUCUAGAGCGCAUCGAAGAAUCCAAGGCACUGCUGCGCAGAACGGUGCCCGUGGCGCGACGUGUUCUCGGAGAGGAUGAUAGAAUCACGCUCACGAUGAGCUGGAUUUACGGAGAGGCGCUCUACGAGGACUCCGCCGCCACGCUCGACGAUCUCCGCGAGGCCGUGACGACGUUCGAGGACUUGGAACGGAUUGCGCGGCGCGUGCUCGGUGGCGCGCACCCGACCACGUUGGGGAUUGAACAUAACCUACGAAAGUCGCGAGCCGCGCUCGCCGCCCGCAAGACGCCGUCGCCGCCUCCGGCGAGGAGCGUGUAA